GGGUCGUGGGCCGAGGCCCACGCUUCCUCGGUUAGCCCGCCCUGGUGAAAAGCACACAGCGCGGCAGCGGCGAGGAGGUCCGGGGCAGGUGGGAAGCGAUCCGCCCUAAGCGCCACUGGCGCAUGCGUAUUGGGGAUCCAAAGCCAGCGGAGCGUGGACGCCAUUGCGGGGGUUUCUUCAGAGCCCACCUGGCGCCGGGCGCUGGUAGAGCCCACGGCACAGUCACUGGGAGUCAUUGGCUCCGGCAUCAGGGCUCUCACCCUCUCCCGCUUCGGCUUGGACUGGGGGCGGAGGCGGUGUCAGGGGGCGGAGCGCCCUUUGUCUGUGGAGGCUGGUGCUCAACAUGAAAUUACAGCUUACAAGAUCCCUGCCAGAAGACAGAUUUCGAUAUCAUAGAGUCUGUACAUGAAGGAUUGAUGCCUUAGUUAUGCCUUCUCAGAAUGCUGUACUUUCCCAGGAGGGCAACGUGGAGGAAAAGGAAAUGAAUGAUGAAUCACAGAUAGUCAGGUCCCAGGAAUCACUGACAUUCCAGGAUGUGGCUGUGAACUUCACCAGAGAGGAGUGGGACCAGCUCUACCCUGCUCAGAAGAACCUCUACCGAGAUGUGAUGCUGGAAAACUACAGAAAUCUGGUCGCACUGGGGCAUCAACUUUAUAAGCCAGAGGUGAUCACUCAAUUGGAGCAAGAAGAGCAGUGGAUGAUGGAAAGAGAUAGCCCACUGGAUAUUCAUCCAGAUGGGGAAAAUAGACCUGAAAUAAAAAAAUCAACUCCAAAACAGAAUAUUUCUGAUGACAAUCAAACCCAUGACAUGAUAAUGGAGAGACUAACAGGAGACAGUUUCUGGUACUCCAUCCUAGGAGGACUCUGGGAUUUUGAUUACCAGUUAGAGUUUAACCAAGAAAACCAGCAGAGACAUUUAGAACAAGUAUCUUUCACCCAAAAGAAGAUCACACAGGAGAGAAGCCUUGAAUGUAAUAGAUUUGGGGAAAACUAUAAAAUGAACUCAAACAUUAUUAUGAAUCAGAGAAUUUCGUCAAUUAAAGUACCCCUUAAUUCCGACACAUGUGGAAAUAGCAUCAAACAUAAUUCAGGAUUGAUUGACUAUCAGGGAAACUAUGUAAGAGAAAAUACUUAUGAAUAUAAUGAGUGUGGAAAAAUCUUCAGUCAACAUAUUCUUCUUACUAAUCAUGUUCAUAUGGAAGAGAAACCCAGUGAAUGUAGGACAACCUUCAGCCACAACUCAUCUUUUACUCAACCUCAAAUAGUCCUUACAGGAGAGAAGCCCUAUAAGUGUGAUGAAUGUGGGAAAAGAUUCAGCCAGAGGAUACAUCUUAUUCAACAUCAGAGAAUUCAUACAGGAGAAAAACCUUUUAUAUGCAAUGAAUGUGGGAAAGCCUUCCGCCAACAUUCAUCCUUUACUCAACAUCUAAGAAUUCAUACUGGAGAAAAGCCCUAUAAAUGUAAUCAAUGUGGUAAAGCUUUUAGCCGUAUCACAUCCCUUACUGAACAUCAUAGACUUCAUACUGGAGAGAAACCUUAUGAAUGUAGUUUUUGUGGGAAAGCCUUUAGCCAGAGGACACAUCUUAAUCAGCAUGAGAGGACUCAUACAGGAGAGAAACCCUAUAAAUGUAACGAAUGUGAGAAAGCCUUCAGCCAGAGUGCACACCUUAAUCAACAUAGAAAGAUCCAUACUCGGGAGAAAUUAGGUGAAUACAAUAAAUGUGAGAACGCCUUAAGUCACAGUCCUUCACUUAGUAGCACCUAACUCAUGGGGUGGGGAAUCAUGUGAAUAUAUAAAUGUAGGAAAUUUUUUGUCAGAUCUUUCCAUCCCAUUCAAUAUCAAAUUAUUCAUGGUAGAGAGAAAACAUCUAAAUAAACAUUUAAUGCAUAGAAAACAAAUUUAGACUUUGAACUAGUAGCUUAUUAUCUUCCCAGGAGAGGUUAUAAAUAGUGAAAAUAAUUUAUGUCAUGUUUCAAAUCUGAUGUAAAAUGUUUUUUAAUGACCAGAAAUUCUGUAGGCAAUAACUUGUAAUUAUUCACCUGUAAGUUUUAUGGUAUAAAAAUGUUUAAUUACAUAAACAUUGAUUAAUCAAGGCAAUGAUGUAGUGUAGACAGUCACAUAAACUUGAAAUGAACAGAAAAGAGACAUUUCUCAAACUUUAGUUAUUUGUAUGUUUCAUUUGCAGAUUUUACCAUAUUUAGUGUUUACUUAAUAUUUUUCUUUAAAGGGACUCAAUUUUCAGCCUUAUCCUAGGAAAUAUUGUUUAUGGAAAUUGACUGUUAUGUGUUAAUUAUGUUUGUUCUAAUUUCCAUCAAAAUAAAUAUAUACCUGAAAUUUAAAAUAUCCAUUGAUGUAUCACCUAAAUCUCUGUUCCAUUAUUUGAGAAACAAUGUGAUAGGAUAUGGCAACAUUCUUCUGGGGUUUUUUCGUUGUUGUUUGUUUUUUUCCAAUCCUUCAAUUAUUCUCCUCAAAUGAGUCCUAGGAUCACUUUAAGAAAAGUCUUGGAGGAGACUGAGGGUCAUGUUGAUGAACUUUGAAAAGUGAUUCAUAGAAGUGUACUUUUCUAUCGUAUUGUUCUUAUUUUAAAUCUCCCUAUAGUAAACAUAGACUCUUGAAUUAAAAAUGUUUCUGCUAUAUUUGAAUAGAGGUUUGAAUAGAGAGAAGGUUUUUUGUUUUGUUUUAAAGUUUAUUGCUGAAUACACAAUUUUUAUUUAUUUAUUUAUUUUUAAUAAUGACCAGAGGCUAAGAAUCUCUAUGCCUCCUAGCACCACUGUGGAAGACAAGAAGUAAGGGACCAUGGUGCGGUACAGUGUCAUGUUGAGGCUAAGAAUCAGGGAACAGCCUUAAUGUCUUUAUAUAUAAACAACUAAGGAAGUAUUACCAAUUGGCUUGCAAUUCAUUUUAUUUAUUGAGAGAUAUUUAUGUAACAACUUUUUCUCAAAAGAAUUUAGGUGAUUCAAUUUAAUUUUUCUAAUUACUACCUUUUUUUGACAAAAAUUACAUUUUGAUGUUACAAAGCAUUAUAAAUAUAAACUCCCAUAACCCAUAAGUAGCUGUAACUAUGAGGCUGCUUCAGUUUCUUGCCUUUUCAUUUUUCUCUUGGUCUUCUCAGGCAUGGCUAAAGAAGCUAUGAGACUAAGGUAGGAAUGAAGUCCCCUUGUUUUCUCACCUUUUUUCUAACAUCUCUCCCAGCUCAAGAUUUCCCUAAUGUUUUUCCCUACGAAGGACUAGAUUUUUUAGCCCUUGAGCCAAAACUGAAAUGAUUUCAAGACUUUUAAAAAUUAAAACACAAAUCGCCAAGAAAUAAUAAAGUAAACUCAGUUUAUCACAGAAGUUAAACUUUUCAAAGUACAUUUAUAUUCCAUACAUCAGUGGAUAUGAAAUGUUUAAUAAAAUCCUGAGUUACUCUAGUCAGGGAGGAUUUCUAACAGUAUCUUUUGCUCAAAUGUUUGUGUAGUGGAGGUCCAUUUUCAGGGCAGAUCAGUUCUGGAAGUAUCUCUUCACCAAAAGGAGCCAUGUUUAACAUUCAUUUACCAUAAGGAGACAGAGGAUAUAGGGUACUCAGAUUUCAGGAAGAGAGUGAGCCAAGGUGAAGUCUGACAGCAAAGGUAUGUAUUAAAGAAGUAAUGAUUAAUUACAACUGGUAAGGCUUUGAUCAAAGUUUAGUUUUGCAACCAGAAAUAAAAAAGCUUAAUACAGUGUAUCUCAGGACAGGUGAAAAACAAGAACAAUAUGGAAUUUUCAGAAGAGGAUCAACAGAAUUUGGACAACCCAGAAAAGAAGUGUCUGGACUAAACCAGACCACAGUUGGCCAAGGAUUUUCACCAAUUCUUCGUGAAUUAGAAGCCUAUUAUAUAUGAUUAUAUAAUAUCACAUAUCAUAAAUGAUUAUGCUUAUGUUAAUUGUACAGUAAACUAUGUCAUUCUGGUGUGAAUUCAUUCUCAUGUCUUUUGUUCUCUUCAAAAUAUUCCAAGUUAAGGAGUGAACCCUAAAUAUAUAUUAAUUACAUCAAAAUACUGGUGCUUGGAGUAGGGGCGACAGAGGAGGAGUACUCAUUCAAAACCUGUUUGUUAUGACAUUUCUGUCUAGGAGGGCAAGACAUGACCCUUUCGCAUAUAUUAGUUCAUUUGGUCCAUCCAACCAGGUGGUAUUGCCCUUCUUUUAUGAAAAGAGAUACUUAAGCCCAUACAUAAUAAAUGAUUUAUUAUUCAGUGUUUCUCAGAAAGAAAUGUCACUCAAACAUGGAUUAUCUUAUUCCUAACCCAGUAGAUGUGAAGAGU